AUGAUUCAAGAAUGCCCCGACUUCAGAGAUCUCGAUCCAUCUGAUAUACUUGAGAGGCUCAACACACAUGAGUUCCAGUUGUCUGAGAAGAGAGAUAUCUAUGGCCCCAACUAUGGCCAAUCCCAUGCUUUGAAGGCAAAAGAUGUUUCCUCAUCUGAAGAACAAUCUAACUGCAGUUCUGAUGAUCCUGAAGAUAUUGGCAAAGAGCUAGCAAUGCUUGUGAGAAAGUUCCAGAAGUUCUCCAAGAAGAAUCACUUUGGAAAGUCUUCAAGAUCUAGUUCCAAGAAUGAUGAGGCUUCCUCUCAUGACUACAAGAAGAGAACAUGCCACAAAUGCAAGAAGCCAGGUGGCGCCAUCGCCACUCCCCUCGCGGCCGACACGGGGGCUGGAGAUGUCGGAGGAGAACAACAUUAG